AUGGAAAAGAAAGAGAAGUGCGGACAUAGAAGGGUUUAUUUCGAAUCUUCAGAAGAUGGUCACUGGGAGGUGAUUGAUGCAGAAGAGGCCCUGUGUGCUUUGUUGUCAGUUUUGGAUGACAGGGGUAAACGAGAGGCUCUUCUUAUUGAAUCCCUGGAGAAAAGAAUAGCGUUUCUGUGCCAAGCGAUGUCAAGUAGAAUGGUUAGAGAAGACACUUAUUCACCAGUAUCUGAUGUAGACAACAACUUAUCUGGAAUUGCAAAUGAUUCUCUGCCUUCAUCUGGAGUUGUGGUUCUUGAAGUUAGAAAGAAAGGAGAACAACAGAAACAGAAAUGGAGCCAGAUCCAAGCAUUUGAUUCAUGGUUAUGGAAUUCCUUUUACCUAGAUCUGAACGCUGUCAAACAUGGUAAACGAUCCUAUUUUGAUACACUUACUAGAAGUGACAGUUGUCAUGAUUUGUAUUGGAGAGAUGAGAAGCACUGCAGGAUUUGCCAUACAACAUUUGAGCUUCAUUGUGAUCUGGAAGAAAGUAUUGAAGAUGUCCUCCAGUUAAAAAGAUUUCAAGCUACACCUAUCUUUGAUAGACUGGAGGAGAUAGGACUUCAGUUGAGGAUCAACCUAGGAAUGAAUUAA